UUGGUCAUUCCGCCCCUGUCGUCCGAGAAGUUUUUGCUCGCCAUUGGACAAUCAGGGCGGCAUACCCCUUCCUUCUUCUAAGCUAUUCCUUCUUCCUCCCUCCUAUUCCCCUGCUCUGCCCUUUUUGUCUCUGCGCCUUUGUUGUGCUUCCUACCUUUUUCUCAGCAAUUUGCAGCCUUCUCUUUGCACCCCACCGGACACCUCUUCCCCCGUAAAAAGAGCUGAAGUUCUUUACUCUUGCCCAACAUGGCGUCGGCUUCCGUCUACUACCGCUUCAAGUCCCAAAAGGAGCCGUCGCGCAUCACCUUUGACGGCACGGGCAUCAGCGUCUGGGACCUCAAGCGCGAAAUCAUCCUGCAGAACAAGAUGGGAAAGGGCAUCGACUUUGACCUGGCCGUGUACAAUCAGGACACUGAAGAUGAGUACAAGGACGACAACUUCUUCAUCCCAAGGUCGUCGCAGGUCAUAGUCCGCCGGUUGCCACCCUCGAAACCGGGCCGGGGCACCGCGGCCAACUACAUCGCCGAUCUCCAGGCAGCCGCUGCGGCCAAUGCGAUGGCGGCAGAUGUCAGAGCGGCGGGCAUUCCUGCUGGCGCACCGGGAGCAGCUGCAGGCAGCGCUGGGCCCAUGGACCGGCGAGGGCCGAUGUACCGGGGCCAGAUGAGCAUGCGUUUCGACGGCAGAGAUGCCAGCGUUUCGGCCACACCAGGGCCGUCGUCUGCAGCACCAGCGCCCGUUCAGGCGCUGUCGACGGACCAGGAUGGAGAUGAGGCGGCCAGGAUUGCGGCCAUGUUCCAGGCCACGACGGAGCAGUGGGACGAGACGCAGGAGCGCAUGGCUCACGCCACCUAUCGCGAGCGCGGCGGCGCUCCUCGAAGAGGCGGUCCGCCUCGACCGAUGACUGGCCAGCACCACGCUGCCGCCCAACACCAGGUCUCGGACCGCCCCCCGCCGAUCGGCUACACCUGCUUUCGCUGCUACAAAAAGGGCCACUGGAUCCAUGACUGCCCGACCAAUGACGACCGCGAGUUUGACAACAAGCCCCGGCUGAAGCGGACGACGGGCAUUCCCAAGAGCAUGCUCAAGACCGUCGAGGCGCCCACCGAUGAGAUGCGCAGCCAAGGCCUGAUGAUUACCCCCGAUGGAAGCUACGUCAUUGCUCAGGUCGAUGAGGCCGAGUGGGAGCGGAAUAGAGCCCAGGCAAAGGUCCUGACGCGUUCCGACGUGUACCAGAGCGUGCCCUCGGACUCAUCGUUGGCUUGUCCGCUCUGCUCCAAGGUGAUUCGGGAUGCCGUCAAGACGCCAUGCUGCUCGACGACGUUUUGCGAAGAGUGCAUCCAGACGCACCUCCUGGACAAUGACUUUACGUGCGCAGAGUGCGAGAAGCGCAUCGCUGACCUUGGCGAGCUGCAGAGGGACGACGAGAAGCGGAAGGCGGUGCGGGAGUACAUCGACAGCGAGAUUGAGAAGAGUGAGAGGAAAGCCGAAGACAUGGAGCGGGAGAAGGAGGAAAAGGAAAACGGCGGGGUCGCCAAGAGCGAGGAGGAGGGCAAUGGUGUCGAUGGCGGAGAUCAAGAUGAGCAGGACGCUGGAAAGGAGGGGACGGACGGCGAGGUCAAGAAGGAAGAUGGCGAAGAGGACAAGAAACCGGUGCAGCCCCACGGCCUUCCGCAGAAGCCGGCCGAGGCGAGCAUGGGACAAUCGAGCGAGAACAACGAGGGCGAGGAUGAAGGAAACAGCCAGGGCGACGACAAGGCGCAGCAACAGUGGAAUCCGAGGGCUGCUCAGCAGAUCAUGAUGAUGCUCAUGAACCCUCAACUGCCGCCACCGAUGCGCAUGCAGCUCCAGAUGCAGCUCCAGAUCAUGCGCGCACAAUUCCUUCAGGUCACGGGCACCAACAACCAAGGCGCCAAGAAGGAGCAGGGGGCCAUGUCGAACGGGAACGGUGGUGGCAAUCCGUUUGCAGGUCAGCACAUGGGCGGCUUCGGUGCUAUGGGUAUGCCACCCAUGCCUAUGGGCGGCAUGGGGAUGGGAAUGGGCAUGAUGGGGAUGGGCAUGAACGGUAUGAACGGCAUGGGUGGCAUGGGCAUGGGUGGCAUGAACCCUUGGGCUUCGUUCCAGCAGGCCAAUGCCAAUGGGAAUGGCGGGCAGGGACAUUUCAAUCCUCGAGUGCCCCCUCCCACAAACGAGGAGAGCGCCUACAUGCGCCUGCCUGUCAAUCAAAACAAACGAGUCCAGGGUCAGAAGAGGGAGCGGCCCACGGACUUUUUGGAACUGGGCGCAUCCGACAAGCAACCUCGGUAUUAGUUGACUCCCUCUCUCGCAUCUGUACUUGUAUCCAGGACUCUUUGUGUCAUCAUCAGAUGGACAGACUUGGUCAAUAUUGCAUCUUCAAUCGUUCUUCACGACCUCUCCCGUUGUGACCGUGCUCACUUGCGUUCUCGUCG